GGAAGGCCGGAGCGCGGCGGGGGCGGGGCAGGAAGGGGCCGGGCCGCGGCGGGCGCACAAAGGCCGGUGGCGGCGGGGCCGGGGCCGGGGGGUGUGCGGGGUCGCCAUGGCGCUGUCGGCGCUGCGGGGCUGGGCCAUGGCGGCCGUGGCCCUGCUGGCCCCGGGCGCGGCGGAGCGCAGCCGGCCCUACGCCGUGCUGCAGAAGCAGAACCUGGUGCUGCUGGGCAGCAUCCUCAGCGCCCUGCUCCUCACCAUCAUCCUCAUGGCCGUCUGCGUCUACAAGCCCGUCCGGCGGCGGUAGCGGAGCGGGACCCGGCGGGGGAUGCGGGGGGCGGGGGAGAAACGCUGCCGGUCCCCGCCGGCCCCCCCCCCCCCCCCCCCCCCAGCCCUCCCGUCCCGUCCCGCCGCCUCCCGCCAGCGGCGGGGGAUGCCCCGAUGUCGUGUGUGUGGCUCCAUCGUGACGUCGCUUUCAAGGACAGUACGGCUGGGGGCUGGAAAUCAGCCCCCGGGCCUCGGCGAACUGACUCCCGGGAGCCGCCACUGCUGCAAGCCCGGGUGGGUGCGAGCAGGGGCUGUUCCACGCACGGAUCCUCCCAAAAUGCAGCGUUUCGGCGGUGAUGAUGUGACGCCGCGUGCCGGCGAGCAUCCCCGGUGCGGCGGCGAGCAUCCCCGGUGCGGCGGCGAGCAUCCCCGGUGCGGCGGCGAGCAUCCCCGGUGCGGCGGCGAGCAUCCCCGGUGCGGCGGCGAGCAUCCCCGGUGCGGCGGCGAGCAUCCCCGGUGCGGCGGCGAGCAUCCCCGGUGCGGCGGGACCACAACUGGCCGCGACGCCCGUUCCCAUCAGUGCCAGGAGCCGUCCUGGCGUGGCACAGGAACACAGCUAGACUAACAAGAGCCCUGUCUGUCCAGCCAGCACAUGCACUUGAUGACACCACCAUCUAACUUUGCUUUCUGGUUAAUUCAGCCCCAUGCUUGAGCAGCCUUCAAAAAUAGUCCGAAGGUGAAAGCAGAGCUGUGGGGGUCUGGUACGUGCAGAAAUACCGAAGCGUGAGCAGCCCCCGGUGCGGCCGUGCAGGGACAGGGUUGUCGUUCGUGAUGUGAUUUGCUUUAACUCGUAGCCAAACAGCCACAAGCGGUCUCACACCAAAACAGCCAUGCUGAAGCCGUUACCUACAGGGUCACAGGCGAGAGUUUCCACUUUGUGCUGAACACUCAUCUCCUCACGGGUGGAUUUGUGCUCCCAAACGGGCUACUGCCCACCUGGAAACAGGAGCCUCCCAAAG